CAAACCGGCUAUCCAAACUACCGCUAUACUCGCUCUAGAGAACACCCCAAAGCAACAACCGUUUCAAUCAUCCAUUCUACACAACGUACACAGUUCACUUCCAGCACAAUGACCGGAACAAGCGCUGCUCAUGCCGAAAAAGAGGAAAUUGUCAACGUAAUUCGCCUCACAAACUUGAAUGGAGUGCCUGCCGACCACCAGGAAGAUACCCGAAUGGUGCGGGAAACUUUCUUAUUCACCACCGAACCAGGUCAGAAGAUUGAGCCCGGCACCAAGCUCACGAUCAAGUCGAUCAUAGAGCCAGCCGUCGCAGCCAUUUCAACCUCCUCUCCACAAGAUAGCAGUAAGUCGCAACUUGUCGAAGAGCGCCAGUCAUCAAUUUCCCCACCACCAACAUCCUGCAAUUUGUCUGCCGCCUCAAUGAAGUCAGAUAGUCCACACAAAGCUGGUGAAAAGGAGCAGCUGAGUGAUGUACAUGAGAGCGAGGGUAGCCCUUAUAUGUCUGCUGCCGCAAGUGUAGAUGGCCUCAGCUCCAACAUUCCGGAGCGAGCCCAAGUAAAGUUCCGACGCCGUUCAUGGGCAAAUAUGUACUCAUGGGCGAAUAUGUACUGGGAAGAUCGAUCUAGUGACAAUUCACAUGAAGCACCCCCUGAGAAGAAAGCUCCCAGUGGACCAAGUGUUAUUGUGAACCAGCCACUUGACGACAUCUUCGUAACCAUGCGACAGGAGCGUCUAGCCCUGAAUACAGGCCCACGGUUCGACUUCUUCAUCGGCGACGUCAAGAUUGAAGGUCUAGCCAAACGCUUCGCCAUGGCAGCCUCCCCUAUGCUCAACCGGUACUUCACGAAGAACCCCAAAUCCUGCGAGUUCCAUACUCCCGUAGGAAAAAACCUCGAUCCAACCGCUGUCCGCACUCUUCUCCAGACCUGGCCCCAAAAGAAUGCGACUAUGUUCGAUGCGAGGGAAGUCGACGCGUCUGGUUGGCAGACAGACGUACCUGUCCUGGCCGCGGCGUUCUAUCUAGGCAUGAACCGAUACUGCCAGGGUAUGCACGACACUUACAAGGACUGGAUCAAGAGCAACAUCUCAGAUUAUGACUUCAUCUGCUUCGUUGAGGCCCAUCGUGUUUCAGGCAAAGAUCCGCUCUGGACAGGCAUAGUCAACAGCAUGUGUAGCCUGCGCCACAAGAAGUUGAUUCCCGAUCCAGAGUACUUUGAUGCUUUCUUGAAGGAACACGUAGAUCUUGCAGAGGCUAUGGAGCGUACUGAUGCGUUCCGGAAGGGAGAGAUCCAGGUCCACCGGGCGCGUAAUCAACGUCUGAAAUCCGCACGGAGCGAGCAAGGAAAGGCCAAGGAUGAGUCCGCCGUGGCUGACACGAACAAGAACAAGACGCAGACCGGUUCAGAGAAGGAGGCCGUAAAUUCGUAA